UUUGGUUUAUUUUAUUCACCAAAAGAAAAAGACCCAAAUUUCUUCUUGAUUUCGAUUUCUGACCUGUUUUUUGUUUAAAGUGGUUAAGGAAUCGAGUUGAAUUUUCCAAAAUGGGUAGGGUAUCGAGGGACAAACGUGAUAUAUAUUACAGAAAAGCAAAGGAACAAGGGUGGCGAGCCAGGAGUGCCUUUAAACUUUUACAAAUCGAUGAAAAAUUCAAUAUUUUCGAAGGAGUUACCAAAGCUGUGGAUCUGUGUGCAGCACCCGGUUCAUGGAGUCAAGUACUAUCAAGAAAGCUAUACCUAGGAGAAACCACCGUUAUAAGAGAAACAUGCUGCCUGUUCUAUAAUGAAAUGGAGCUGUCUCAGCAAAAAAAUGAAAAAUCAGAGGAGUGUGAAACGCAUAAAAAUGAGAAUGUGAAGUUGGUGGCAGUAGAUUUACAGCCCAUGUCUCCACUGCCAGGUGUUAUUCAAAUCCAGGGUGAUAUUACCAAAUAUUCAACAGCCCAAGAGAUAAUAAGUCAUUUCGAAGGUGACAAGGCUGAUUUAGUUGUGUGCGACGGGGCCCCCGAUGUCACUGGUUUGCACAGCAUGGAUAUUUAUAUUCAAGCCCAGCUACUCCUAGGAGCGUUGCAUAUUUGUUGUAAUGUUUUGAAACCCGGCGGUACAUUCGUUGCCAAAAUAUUUCGAGGCAAAGACAAUGAUUUACUCACCAAUCAGCUAUUAGCAUUGUUCAAAGAAGUACAUGUCGCUAAGCCAAGCAGUUCGAGAAAUUCAAGUAUUGAGGCUUUCGUUGUGUGUCAGAACUACUCGCCACCUGAUGGAUUUGAUCCCAAACUCAUGACCCCUUAUUUGGAUGUUUCUAACAAGGAUUUCAACUCCCUCACAGGAAUCAAUAGGGUCAUUAUACCAUUUGUUGUUUGUGGAGAUGUCAGCGCUUAUGACUCUGAUACAACGUAUCCUCUGAAUUUGCCAGGCGAGGGUCCUUACAAGUUCAGACCUCCAGUUCAACCUCCUAUUGCCCCACCAUAUUCUUUCCAGAACAACAUAGAGCAGAAUGAGUUAGACGAAUAUUUGAAAAAAAUGGAUGAAGCUGUUAGAAGAGUCGGCUUAGGAAGCACCCUGUAUCCCAGUGAUGUGCAAACUUUAGGUGCAUCAAGUUUAGAUGGGGAGGCCUCAAGUUCAAGCCGUUCCUCCGUGGAGGAUGACGAACAUCAAUUUCAAGAGGAGGAAUUGACGAAAGUGGAGAGUAUUCUAGAUCACGGCCCAUAUUUUGAUUUGCUGCAGAAAACUACCAAGUUGAAAGUGGAAUCAAAUAAGAAAGCAGAGGCGGAGACUUCUCAAGGAGAGAGCGGGCUUCAGUUUUUAUAUGAGGAUGAAUAUACAGAUCCUGAAUUGAUCAGGGAAUGUCUGGAGAGGAUGAAGGGUGCUGGAAAUUCAUCAACUUGUACUUGUAAUUAUUUUGAUUAGGGACCAACAAUUUUAAUUUGUGAUUUUCUGUAAUAUUUAAGUGACUAGUGUUUGUAUUUACUUCUUGAUGUAUAUUAUGAGAUUUUAGGAAAGGUGUUUGGUCUAUUAGCUAUUUUGAAGAGAGA